AGCAUAUGCUGACAUCGUCGUGAAUUCUGAUUGGAUCCUUCUAGCGGGCUGUGAUUGGCCGUGAUGCACAUCACCUUUCGAUCGCUUGCCCGGUGCGGAAAUGGCCGGGAACGACUCCACCGGGCAACGGAGAUCGAAAGCCGAUGCCAGAAAUAUUCGGAAAUCAAGGGAAGAAAGUCUGAAGAUGAAAAAAAAACAAAAACGGGAGGGAACCAAUCGAUCAGAUUCCUCCCGCGAAUUGGCGUUAAAUGAUUUCUCUCUCUCUUUUUAAUUUUUUUACUUUGUGUGUUUAGAUUGAUGAAACCCUCUCUAAGUUUAGUGUUUCUGUCUCGGGGAUGAAUUCUUGUAGAGAUUUUAUUCUCUUUUCAGGGCUAUGGUUUGGUGGGAGCAUCUAUUUGUCGAUUGAUGAGAGAUUUUAGGGAUUUUCUGGUCCUAGUUUAAGAGACUAGGGUUUAAUUUAAUGUAUCAAAAGGUGGAUUAGACCUGGGUUUCGAUUAAUAUGCCUUCCCCGUUUGGAUUCAAUUGCUGUAUGUUGGGCUUUCUUGGGUUUUGAUGGUCUUUUACUUGUUCAUGUUUUGAAGUUUCGUUCUUGUUGUUCAAUGGUUGGAUUGCAGUAGUUUGUGAGCAUUUGACAGAUGCUUCUACUGUUAGCUCGAGAGAAACUUUGCUGCUAUUGAUGUUUAGGUAUUAUUCUUUUGUGUCCAUUGAUUAUUUCUUACUGUCUGAUCUAUGAGUCGGGUUCUCUACUGCAUAUACUAGUUAAAAUGUUGAACAAUUUGGUGAAUGACUAAUUAGCAAAGCAGUGUACUUCCCCAUUCAGAUGAUUUGGCGUUUAAAAACACCUAAAUUGGGUACUUGUUUCAGUGCUCUGAGGUGCUAAUUUACAUCAUUUCGAGUUGUUACUGCAGCAACCUUAUAGCAGCAUCAGGAAGAAGAGUAGCUUAGUGCACUACCUGUUGUAAUUGAUAAUGGUGCUUCUAUCAUUCUCCUUAGGGUGGAAACCCUGCCGUAUUUAUUCUAUAAUAACAAGAAAGCAUCUUAUUGUAACACAUGCAUUGAUCCCUUUCUUAAUUUUGUGUGUAUUUGGAUGGAUGCUUUUUAAGUAUAUAUUUUAAUUGAAAGAUCUAAAUACCAAUAAAAAAAAAUGCUUGAAGAAAGUGCUGCAUGCAUUGCAUGAAACUUGUCAUUCUGCUUUUAGUGCACUUUUAGGGCCGUAAAGCAUUCAGGAGGUGGGCCAUUGAUAAUGCGUUCUCAUUGCUGGAUAUUAUUUGCUUCAUUACUGCAUUACAUUUCACUACAAUGUCAGCCUCUUCCUGUACUUUGUUUCUUUCAUAUAUCUGUGAUGCAAUGAGUGAGGAGAUACCAUCAUCUGAACCAUUUCAAGCUUCAAAUAGUUACCCAUUUGAUGUAUUUAAUUUCUUCAUUUCUGAGCAGCUUAUCCGGUCUACCAAUUUAUUUUGCAGGAUGGGUUACUCUUGAUAUGUUUUGAUUUUUAGAAGAGAAAAAGGAAGAAUAUAUCAGUUUUGGGUUCAUGGUAGAUACAAAUCAUUGAGCUUUGCAUUCCAAUACUGAAAAUUAUCUCCAUUUCCCUGUGAAAUGAAAAUGCCUUUUUUUCCCCCUUGUCUUUUGAGUUUAAGUGGUGUUAUCAGAAAGAAGAUCCUGUAGCUGUCACAAAGAAUGACUGGCGAAGCACUGGAAAGUGAAGUUGAUCGAACCGACAGACAUCCUCUGCUGAUGGUGAUCACAAGGGGUGAUGUUGCUUCUUCAUCGUUCUCUCAUGAUGGUGAUCACAAUGAUUUGGGUGAAUUGCAUUAUGAAGAUGGUCCUUCAACAAGCACACAAGCUCAAACUUCUACAUCAUCUUCAUCUUUGCCCAAUGUAUCCAAUUCUAGGAAUGUUUCUUUAAUCAGGAGAGGUGAUAACCAUGGUCGUGGGCACAGAAACCCGUUAAAUUCUGGUUUAUGGAUUUCGAUUGAGUUUAUUGUGAAUGUGAGCCAAAUUAUAGCAGCUAUUGUUGUUCUUUCCUUGUCAAGGCAUGAGCAUCCGCAAGCUCCAUUGUUUGCAUGGAUUAUAGGCUAUACUUUAGGAUGUAUUGCCACUCUACCUCAUCUUUAUUGGCGCUACAUUCAUCGUAACAAUCAAGGCUCUGAACAAGAAACUGCACAUUCACGUCAGAGUUCUUCUCGAAAUAACCUUGCUGGGUCAGCUUCAUACGCUACCAUUUUUUUUAAUCAAGCCUUGGAAGGAGAAAACCGCCAUAGCGCCGGAGCAGUCUUUCAAUUUGAACAAAACUUGGUAAUUUCUAGUCCAAGGCUCAGUGAACUGGUUGACCAUUACAAGGUGGCUUUGUAUUGUUUUUUUGCUGUGUGGUUUGUUGUUGGCAAUAUUUGGAUCUUUGGUGGGCACUCAUCUUCAUCUGAUGCUCCCAUCUUGUACAGGUUAUGUAUAGCUUUCCUCACAUUCAGUUGUAUUGGGUAUGCAAUGCCAUUUAUCCUGUGUGCCAUGAUCUGCUGCUGUUUGCCUUGCAUAAUAUCUGUUCUGGGCUUUCAAGAGGAUUUGGGACAGACCAGAGGAGCUACCACUGAGGCAAUUAAUGCACUGCCAACCUAUAAGUUUAAGGCAAAGAGAAACCAAAUUAGAGGAGGGGUUGAAACUAAUUCAGAGAACAUAUAUGAUGGUGGGACAGUUGCUUCUGGUACUGACAAGGAGCAAAUUAUUUCUCCUGAAGAUGCUGUUUGCUGUAUCUGCCUUGCAAAUUAUGCAGACAAUGAUGAUCUCCGUGAGCUCCCUUGCUCUCACUUCUUCCACUUGAUGUGUGUGGAUAAAUGGCUCAAAAUCAAUGCCCUUUGUCCCCUCUGCAAGUCUGAGGUAGGGGACACAGUAGGUUCAAUCUUUGGUGCACACUUUGGCCGGCCACACACUGACAGGAGGGUGGGGAGUGGUGCAGAUGCCACAAGAUCUGCAAUAUAGACGUGUAAAUUUUGUUGAUAGAUCUCCAACUUUUGCUUUGUUGAUUGGGAUUGAGGUUGCUAGCCUUCUGUAAGUUCUGUUUAUAUAUAUGUAUGGGAGUAGCCAAGCAUGGCUCCGCUGCCUUUGGGGGAAAAAUGGAUUGUUUUAUUCUAUGAAGAUGUUCUUACAGUAAUAUGCUUCAAGGUUCCUGUUUCUCUGUUGGAUAUGCUGGUCUGUGUCUUUGCAGUUGAGAUAUUAUAGGUGGAUGACGUGGGGUAAGUACAUGACAGUUCAGGCUUUGAAACAUAGGCUAUUGGUAGUAUAUGGUGAUGAUCAGUUGACUACGAGUAGAUGGAAAGGUAAUCCAAAUAUCUUGAAAGUUCAGGACAAACUUCUUUAGGUCCUUUGCUUGUAAGAUGCAAGAUCGUGCCAAUGCUUUAAGUCUGAUUGGAGAUUAAUGGAUCUUGGUGAUCUCUGAUUGCUUCACUCAGAUUAAAUAAGCAAAACAGGUUUAUUUGAUAAGAGGAUUUGAUUUCCAGCAGAUCCUCACACAGUGGAUCCUGGCACAUGUAUUUUCACUUGUAUAGAUGGCUUAUGUCAUAUUGGAGGCAUCUAUAACACAACAGAAUACUUGACACGGCUUAAGGGGUUCAUCAUGUUACAAUGUUCAGUGCAUCGCCUGUUGACAGUUUGUUAAGGGUGCUCGCCUGUUGAACUUUUGCUCCUGGGUGGAAGAAAUGGCAUAGCAGAUCGACAAUAAAACCUCCGAUGCAAAGGUCCUCCUGGUCUGCUUUCAUUCAUUGGGAACAUUUCGGACUUUCAAAGCAUUUCAUCCGCUCUCGAAGGUCCUAUCUUCUUUCCUGUUGAAAGAGAAGUUGUUGCACGAGCAUCCAUUUGUUUUACCAGCAAUAACUGGCUGCUUGAACGAACUUUCAUGUCCUGAAGCAUUUGAUUGUACUGACCGAGCAUCGGCUUAUCUCUACAAGUUCGUACUCCAGCAUAGCCUGACCUUUUGUACAAAGAUACAAAUUGUCCUGUGUGUGUGUGUGUCUGUGUGUGUGUGUGUGAUGGAUCCAUUGACAUCGAUUGCAGCUAUCUGUUUUAACUCCUGAUAUAUCAUCCAGUUCCUAGCCAACACCUUGAGUUCAGCAGCUCCCUUGCACCCAACAUGUCGGGUGGUGGCUUCAGAUCAUUGAUGCUGCUGAAGCUGAAGCAACUGCAGUCCUCCAUGGCAUUCAUGGAAGAGGAUGGUGCUUGGGCUGCAUCUGGUGGCAGCAAAAAAGUCGAGCUGUGGUCAUGAACUGUAUUCAAGUGCCUGAAAGCAAGUUCCUGCUGCUGCUCGAUGACCUCUGGCAGCUGGUUGAUCUUGCAGCAGUUGGGAUUCCAUACCUUGACAAUCCCUGGCACAAGGUGGUGUUUGCAACACGGAGUGAGGAUGUGUGUGGCGGCAUGGACGCCCAGGUGAAGGUCGGAAGCCUGGGGAUUGUGAAUGCGAGGAAACUAAGUCUUUGGCUCUCAUGAAAAAUUCAUCAGCUAGGAGAGAUCGAGUGUUGCUAGAGAAUAUAGUAGUCUGCUUCUGCAUCUCAUCACAAAGUGGCGUGCAUGCUUCACUGCUUGUUCUUUACUCCCCAGAGGAAUACUCGAUCCACAAAUACAAGCUGAUAGAGCUGUGAGCGAUGCUGGGGAUUGUUGAUGGGUUUGAGACCGUCCAUGAAGUCUUCUACAGAGGAUAUGAUCUCAUGAAAACCUAGAGUUGGCAUGCAUGCUCGAGCUUGGGGGAACGAUGAGGCGAAAAGAGGUCAGGAUGCAUGACAUGGUUCGGAUCCUGGCCUUGUGAUUGCCUCUGAGCUGAGCGAACAACGGCAAGUUUCGAGGUCAGGCUAUGCCGCAUUUGUGCCUAGAGUUUGUUUGCUGCAUUUGUUUGAUAGAGGUGAGGCUAUCGCGCUAUCUUUGCCAGCUAUUCAGGAUAUCCUAAUUGUCAACCUGUAGACAUCUAAAGGAAGGAAAAGAAAGAACUAAAUAGACCAAA